AUGUUCGUCCACAAGCGCGAUGGUCGCAAGGAACGCGUCCAAUUCGACAAGAUCACUGCCCGUGUGUCGAGGCUCUGCUAUGGCCUCGAUCCAGAGCAUGUCGACCCCGCCGCCAUCACCAUGAAGGUCAUCAACGGCGUAUAUCAGGGCGUCACCACCGUCCAACUCGACGAUCUCGCCGCUGAGACCGCCGCAUACAUGACCGUCACCCAUCCCGAUUAUGCGAUCCUCGCCGCGCGUAUCGCUGUCUCCAACCUCCACAAGCAGACCAAGAAGCAGUUCUCUGCCGUCGUCUCCGACCUCUACCACUACAUCAACCCAAAGACAAAGAAGCCGGCACCAAUGAUCUCAGACCACACAUACAAGACAGUCAUGGACCAUGCAGACGAGUUGAACUCUGCAAUUGUCUAUGAUCGUGACUUCAACUACCAAUACUUCGGCUUCAAGACGUUGGAGCGUUCAUACUUGCUGCGCAUUGAUGGCAAAGUCGCCGAGCGACCACAACAGAUGAUCAUGCGUGUGGCUGUUGGCAUUCACGGCGAGGAUAUCGAGGGUGCGAUUGAGACGUACAACUACAUGUCGCUCAAGUACUUCACACACGCAUCGCCCACUCUCUUCAGCGCCGGAACUCCCCAGGCCCAGCUUGCUUCAUGCUUCUUGAUCGACAUGAAGGAUGACAGUAUCGAGGGUAUCUACGACACGCUCAAGACCUGCGCCAUGAUCUCCAAGAAUGCUGGUGGUAUCGGCUUGAACGUCCACCGCAUCCGUGCAACCGGCUCAUACAUCGGCGGCACCAACGGCACAUCCAAUGGACUUGUUCCCAUGUUGCGUGUCUACAACAACACUGCUCGCUACGUUGACCAGGGUGGCAACAAGCGUCCAGGUGCCUUUGCCAUCUACCUCGAACCAUGGCACGCUGACGUCCUGUCCUUCAUGGAUCUCCGCAAGAACCACGGCAAGGAAGAAGUUCGUGCCCGGGAUCUGUUCUACGCCCUUUGGAUUCCAGACCUCUUCAUGAAGCGCGUUGAACAGAACGGCGACUGGACUCUCAUGUGCCCAAAUGAGUGCCCUGGCCUCUCUGAUGUUUACGGCGAGGAGUUUGAGGAACUCUACGAGCGCUACGAACGAGAAGGCCGCGGCCGUGAGACCGUCCGUGCCCAGAAAAUCUGGUAUGCCAUCCUCGAGGCUCAGACCGAGACUGGAGUACCAUACAUCCUCUACAAGGACGCUUGCAACCGCAAGAGCAACCAGAAGAACCUUGGCACGAUCAAGAGCUCCAACUUGUGUACUGAGAUCAUCGAGUACACUGCCCCCGAUGAGGUAGCUGUGUGCAACCUUGCGUCUUUGGCCCUUCCAACAUACGUCGACCUCGAGAACGAGACAUACGACUUCAAGAGGCUCCACGAGGUCACCAAGGUUGUCACCCGCAACUUGAACAAGACCAUCGAAGUCAACCACUACCCAGUUCCGGAAGCCAGGAAGAGCAACUUCCGUCACCGCCCUAUCGGUCUCGGUGUCAAUGGUCUGGCAGAUGCUUUCUUGGCCCUGCGUAUGCCAUUCGACUCUCCCGAGGCACGUCAGCUCAACAUCCAAAUCUUCGAGACCAUCUACCAUGCUGCUUUGGAGGCAUCUUGCGAGCUUGCCGAGAAGCUGGGUCCUUAUGAGACCUACCAAGGCUCUCCUGUCUCCAAGGGCGAGCUCCAGUACGACAUGUGGGGUGUCACUCCAACUGAUCUCUGGGACUGGGAUGCACUCAAGGCCAAGAUCGCCCAACACGGAGUGCGCAACUCUCUGCUCGUCGCUCCCAUGCCAACUGCCUCGACGUCCCAGAUCAUGGGCUUCAACGAGUGCUUCGAGCCAUACACCAGCAACAUCUACUCGCGUCGUGUGCUGGCUGGCGAGUUCCAGGUUGUAAACCCUUGGUUGUUGAAGGAUCUCGUCGACCGCGGUCUUUGGUCUGAGAACAUGAAGAACCGCAUCAUUGCCGACGGCGGUUCCGUUCAACGCAUUCCGAACAUCCCAGACGACAUCAAGGCUCUCUACAAGACCGUGUGGGAGAUCAGCCAGCGCCAGAUUGUGCAGAUGGCUGCUGACCGUGGUGCCUUCAUCGACCAGUCGCAGAGCUUGAACAUUCACAUGAAGGAGCCUACCAUGGGCAAGAUCACCAGCAUGCACUUCACUGGCUGGAAGUUGGGUCUUAAGACUGGCAUGUACUACCUCCGUACCCAGGCUGCCUCUGCACCUAUCCAGUUCACCGUCGACCAGGAGAUGCUCAAGGUCGCCGACACCAACAUCUCCAAGAACGGUGCUGCCAAGAAGAGAAACAUCUCUGGUGCUUACAACGCUGUGAGCUCUCCCAAGCCAGCCUCGCCUCAGCCAAUGUACGAGAACAAGCAGCUCAGCCCAGAAGUUCCUUCAGUACCGAAGGAUGUUGUCACCCCUGCUACCACACCACCUCCAGAGCCUGAGCCGGAGCAGCAGAAGCGCAAACUUGGCAGGACAUCUUCUGCUGUCAUCAACCCGCCCUUCCCAGCAGACCAGGACGAGGGUGAAAGCCCAGAGGUCAUCGCCGUGGACGGUACCAAGUCUAUCCCUAAGGAGGAGUCCUUGCCAGAGCCAGCUCUCAAAGUUGAGAAGAAGGCCGGUCAGGAGGAAGACAAGGAAGAGUCCAGCAAGGACCGUGAGGGCGACAUUUAUGCUGAAGCUGUCUUGGCCUGCAGCAUAGACAACCCUGAGUCAUGCAUCAUGUGCAGUGGUUGA